CAAUCUACGUUAAUUUAAGCGAUGUGAUUUUUCGACAUUAUUCCAUCACUGAAGUACCAUUCUUUGUUUCAUAAAUCCCAUUCAUUCCGUUACCGCCAGCGAUGGUCGACCAUUUAGUUAUUUACAUUUAGUAUGGUACCUUUUGUAAUUUUAUUUCAGAAUAACUUGUAAAAUCUGCGAAUAAAUCAUUUAAUCUCCUUUUAAAAUUAAAUAAUGCGAGUGAGUGCAGUUUGGCAACAUUUUGUCAAAGUUGACGAAGGAAGAAGAGUGAAGUGCAAAGAGUGUAAUAAAUUGUUAAAAUAUAACAAAAGUACGACGACACUUUCGUUUCAUCUGAGAGCUAUGCACGGAAUAGAUACUGCAAAACACAAGGCGGAACUCGACUUUACCGACACGACAAGCACCAUUCGAGAAUUAACAAGCGAGUAUUGCUUCUUGUGUGGUAAAUCAGACAAACACUCAAACCAAACAUUCCAAAAUAUUGAAACAUGCAAAGUGCCGGCAUCAGGAAAACCUGUUCAAAUUGUAUUACAACACCUGGCUAAUUGUAUCAAAACCAAUCUGGUGUUUCAAGGAGUUGCAAGCAUUUGCUUGGAAUGUUGCGAUGAAUUGGCCGAAUAUGAUAAUUUAAUGGUUAAUCUGCUUUCAUUUCAAAAACGUUUAACUGAAAGGCUACGCUCGGUUUUGUCUGGUGAACUUAAGUUAGAACAAACCGAUUAUGAUGAGUCGAUUGCCGAAGCAAUGAUCGUUGAAGACGAUGGUCAGGUAGAAGACGGAUUUGAACCUGAUUUGGAAGCCAAAGAAGAGUUUAUAGAAAUCGUUGGUAAUGAAGAAAGCGUAGAAAGUACUAUCCAUGAUGAUGACAGUAUGCAUAGUGACAAAGAGUUUAAUGUGGAGGAGGAGGAAUGGAACGGUGAUAAACAUUUUGGAGAGAAGAAUCAAGAAUGUGUUGUUUGUGGAUUAAUUUUUAAGUCGAAAUCCGAACUACAAAGGCACAUAAACUCAGCUCAUGACAUAAAACAGUUUAUUUGUCCCGUAUGUGGCGUAAUACGUAGAGAUCAAGAAUAUUUGGAAUUACAUAUGAAUUUGCAUGAAGGAAAGACGGAGUUUGAGUGUCGUUACUGCGAUAAACGUUUCACUAGACCAGUGAAUACAUUACGUCACAUGCGUAAACAUUGGGAUAAAAAGGAAUAUCAAUGUGAAAAAUGUGGGGAGCGGUUUUCUUUGGAUAAUAUGCUUUAUAAUCAUCGCAUGCGUCAUGAAGCCGAGGAAAACCCUCUUAUAUGCAGUAUAUGUAACCAGUCGUUUAGGUCGAGAAAAACAUAUAACCAUCAUAUGCUAAUUCACCAAGAAAAUAGACCAAGACAUCAUUGCACACACUGCUCAAAGUCCUUCACCGAACGUUACACGCUAAAAAUGCAUAUGAAGUCACAUAAUAUUGAACUACCAUCUACACGCUCAAAAGUAGCCCAGCUAUUAGACGAGCAGGAGCUAAACGAAACAAAGGAAGCAGUAUCUACUCUAAUUUCAAAGUUUGAAACAACAUCUCCCCAUAAAGAGUUUAGGUGCGUAAUUUGCAGUCGAUCAUUUGAAAAUAAAGAAUAUUUGGAGAAACAUUUGGAAAGCGAUCAUGAUGUUAUUUUAGGCGACGAUAACAACCAGUAAUUCUCGUGCUUAAUAUUUUUUAUAAAGAACGAAAUGUUAAUAAAGAAUUUCUAUUUCUAACAAUAAUGUAAUAUUAAUACUUCGAUUAUGGGUUGGGGAAAAUAUUUAACCUUCGUUAAAUAAACUAUGACCUACUCUA